CGUAGAGUGAACUAUAUGCCUACGGCAAUGCCUACGGAACUCUAGAAUCUUUGGUCACAAGUGACAGGCCUAUGGUAGUAGGUCAUUGGUCGCUAGAAGCGCCAUUUAUGUUAUCACUUUCACAAUAUCAGCAGAUACAAAGAUUUUUUAACACAAUAUAAAUAAACGAAUAACACGAAUUCUGAUUUUUGCUGUGUGCCGAUUCGUCAUGGCUUCUACGUCAACAAGCUCAGCUCACUGUUCUGCUCCAAAUUGCUCGAAUCGUCAGUGUAAGCGACCCGACCUGUCUUUCUUCAGGUUCCCCAAGAAUACGGAAAGAUGUCAACAGUGGGUGCAGAGUACUCGUCGACAAGAUCUGCUAAACCGACCCGUGGUGUACUUGUCAGACAACUGCCGUCUUUGUUCUGAACACUUUGAACUUGACCAAUUCUCCAACAAGCAGACCAAGAACAGGCUAACAUGGAAUGCAGUACCAACCCUCUUUGAUAUGCCAAAUCCCUUGAAACAUCUGUCGACCACCGCAUGCAGGUCACUCAAAAGGAAGCUUGAGAACAUCCCAUCUUCACACAACCCUUCAAAAAAGCAAAGAGGUAGCGACUACACACAGACUGAACAUUCUUACUGCUUAGCUGCAGAUCAAAUUCAUGAGAAUGCACCCAGCAGUGUUUCUCCACCUCCUGAUACAGAUGAUCACAGCAGAGCUCUGAAGAAGGAAAGACAGCGUACGUUCCGGCUCAAAAAAAGAGUAGAACAGUUGAAACAAUCAAUCAAAAAGGAAGCUAAAGAAAGUGAAACAAUUAGUGACUUGAUAAGAGGAGCUGGUAAAUUUUUACAGGAACCAGCACUAUCUUUCUUUGCGUCACAAUUGCGGAAUGCGUCAGGACGUAGAAGAGCAAGAGGAAGACGAUGGAGUUAUUCAGACAAGGAAGUUGCCUUGUCCCUCUACCACCAGAGUCCCCAUGCGUAUCACCUCUGCCAGCGCAUUUUCACACUUCCGUCAGUCACAUCACUGCAUAGGUGGUAGAGUAAUAUCGAAGUGAGGCCUGGGUUUCCCUCUAAGGUCUUUGAACUUUUGAAAGACGGGGUAGCAGGAAUGGCAGAGAGGGAUAAGUUCUGUGUAGUGUCCUUUGAUGAAAUGAGUCUACGUACAGGCCUCUCAUACAAUAUUACAGAAGAUUCAGUAGAAGGUUUUGAGGACUUUGGAUCCCUAGGGAAGAUUUGAAGAAUUUCGUCGUGUAAACGAGGCAAUAGUGAAUCAUUGACCUAAAAUGUACACAAAAUGUAUAAGGUGGUAUGGCAUGUAUUGUAAUAUGUAAAGGUUCUUAUUUCUUACUGUUGGGGGAAGUGGAAUGUA